AUGGGCAAUACCAAUGUCACGCCAUCAGAGUGGGACCGAAAGACAAAUUCGUGGAUCCCAGGCAGCGAAGUCGAAGCUAGGAAUGCCCGCCUCAAAUCAAAACACCUCUUGACCGUUCCUGAUUCGCCGAACUCGCAUGAGGAAAAUGACAAUGAAGAGGACAACGACGACCUGUUUGACGCCGAUGGCUUACCUACAAAGCGGAGAAAAACCAACACUGGAGUGCCUGAAAGAGUCAUCGAAAUCAAGAAAUGGGCGCCAAUUGAUUCAGCUCUUGCCGAAAAACUGCCAGAACCAAAAUACCUUGCUGACCGCCGACCUGGUAUGGAGAGCCUCUACGGAGGAGCAUACAAAGCGACAAACGGGUUCGGAACGCUGGGAAUCAAUCCCGCCGCUGUGUCUGGUGCCGUCGGCUAUGACUUAGGAGAUGGCUCAGGGUUAGGAAGUGCGUCGGGCGUACUCGGCUCUACAAAACCUGCACCAGAAUCAACACCGGUCAGAAGAAACAUGCCUCCGAAGCGUAAGAAGAAGAAGCUCGGCGGUCCAGGACGCAGAAAGGCAAACCCAACACCCGCUGGAGGCACUGCCCCUGCUGUGGCACUAGAAGAUGUCACCAUGACUGAUACUCCUACGGGAGAUAACAUUCAGCCGGCCACAAAAGAUGGUCAAGAAGACAAACAUCCUGCAGGAGACCCCGAAGAUUCGGGAAGUGAGAGCGAAGGCGAAGGCAGUGAGGAAGGGGAAAUCGAGGAAGCUGAAAAAGAACCAUCUCAAGCUACGGCACAAACUACAAACCUUUUAGGCGACACCGAUCCCACCCAAACACAAACACAAGCUAGCCAAACAGAGGUUGAGUCACGAGAUGAAUCUGCAGACAUUACGGCACAAUCGGAUAUGACAGACACUGAGAUGCACCACGCCAUAUCUUCCGAGGUACUAUCAAGUGCACAAACCCUUCAGGCAGAGACCGUUAGACAACAAGCGGCGACGCCGAUAGCAGUGCCCGAAGAGACACAACCAGAAUUACAACUAGAGGUUACCUCGACCACCGAGACACCAGUCACAGAGACUGCAUUGCCGCCUCCACCUGCCAUGGCCGAAAUUGAAGCCAAUGCAGACGCAAACGUAUCUGAUAACACAGCAAUGACUGUCGAACCCGAACCCGAACUUGUACUUGAGCAAGUACCAAUUCCUGAGCACGACCCGCAGGCCACAGCGGUCUCAGUGCCAACCCCCGAAGCCGUCAGAACUGAAGACGCAGUGUCGCCGACAUUCGAACAAGCCGAGCAAACAGAAGCUCAGGACCAAACCACCCAAGCAACCACACAUACUAUUGCAGACGAUACCCAUCUGACUGAUGAGGCACAGCCACAACAAGCACCAACACCAACGCAAACAAGCGAACCACAAGAACCACAAGAACCACAACAAGAAGCUGCAGAAGAGCAAGCACAAGCUGGAGGAGAAGUGGAUUUACUUGGUGGGUUGGAAGCUGCUGUUGAGAAGGAACACAGGGCGAUUUAG